AUGAAACCAUCAUCACCAACAAAUGAUAAUACAGCAAAUACUCCAACAGCAACUUUUCAUCAUAUUUCCUCUUCAAAUAGAAAACAAGUACCACGUUUUAGAUUUUUACAGGGUUUUCCUGUAACAGCAUUGAUAGUGGUCAACGGAAUUAGAGGACAACAAAUUAGUUUCAUGUAUCCAACAGAGGAACAUUCUAUAUUUCAACAGCAAUCCGAUGAAGUUUUUACCAAUAUUCCUGUAGUACCAAAUAAUGUAAAUAAUAAUCCAAGCAAUACCAUCACUGUAAACACAAAUAAUAAUCAAUCGGAACAAAUUAAUCCACAAGCAACUCCAUCAACAGUUUCUUUAAGUACGAGUAUUGGAAAUAAUGUAACACAACCAAUUCCGACAAAUAUAACUACAACCCAAUCUUCCCAACAACAUUUAGUAUCACAUCCACAGGUUAUUGAUAGAUAUGAAAAUGCAUUCGGAUUAAAUAGUGCAGCUCUAUCAUAUCUGUUAUGUCCUCCAAAAAGUAGUAUUAUCAACAAAUCCAUGUCAAUGACCAUUGACAAACUACUUUUCCUUUCCAGACCUUCUUCUAUUCAGGUUAGAAAAAUUCAACUUUCUAGUUUCAAUAUUUCUUCUCCAUCCGUUAUGGAAUCUGCAGGUGGAGAUUAUACCCACUUUACAAUAGCAUUUGUCUUUCCAAAUCAUGUACUUGAGGAAUAUAACGAGAAACUCUUUUCUCAUCUCUUAAUGUUAUUGAUGAAAUCAUAUGUAAGAGAACAACAAAGAUGUGGAUAUGUUUUGGAUCAAUUAAAUCUAUUAGGAAAAUUGAAGGACCAAGCUAAGAAUUGGAGAGAUUUAGUUCUAAAAGCUUGUGAUUCUAGUUUAUUGGCAAAGGAACUAAUUACUAUAGUAGACUCUAUUAGAUCUGCAAAUCCUUUACAAUUGAGAAUUAACAGUUGGAUAGAAUUUGGAUUUAAAACACCAAAAAGGCUUCAUCAUGCAUAUGAGAGAAAAUUAGCUCACUUACAUGAUUACUUAUCGAAAAAUAAGUCACCAGUUCACAAUGAAUGCAAUAGAGAGAAAGUAAGAGCUUAUAAUUCAUGUAUCUUUGUAAACGAUCUUCCUAAGCUCAAAGUACCUUUUGAUGGUCUGCAAGAGCUUCAAGGAAAUGACUCAAUACUUCGUCUUUUCAACACUGCCACUAAAACAAUUGGAGAAAUUGCAAAAGAAAAUAACCUUAAUUUGAGUUUUGUAUUGGCAUUAGUUCAACACUUAGUUGAUUGGGGUCUUGUGAGGAUUAUACCAAAAAUUAGCUAUAGUACUGUACUGACAUUGAAUGAACAUCCAGAUAACUCAGAAGAUGGCUUUUCAAAAUGCUCAAAACACGACUGGUUUCCUCCACCAGAUCACGUUAUUCAUGAAUUCUCAAAAAGAUUUCCACAUUUUCCCAAUCUAAUUGAAGUUUUGGAAAUAUUUUCAACAACAAAGACAUGUAGAUCUCACAUUGAAAAUAUUGCCAAAAUUCAAUCAUAUUUAUCUGGAAAACCAAGCCCCUAUCUUGAAAAUUCUCCAACUACAUAUUUUCCUUCAGAACUCAAAACUUCAAAGAAAAAGACACCAACCUCAUCAUCGAGCAGUGCGGUUGCAAAUUCUGAGCAAUAUAUGAUGAGCAUUGUUUGGCUUUUGAGAAAAGGCUAUAUUCGAGUUUGUAACACAUAUUAUCAAUUAAUUAUUCCACAACAUCAAAAAGGUGCAUUCAUGAGAAUUCCAGGUGGAGGAAGAGAUAUGCUUUCAAACUCUCCAUCGACACCACCACACAAUAUUGGGUUAUCACCAUCCAAUCAUCAAAAUGCAACCAACAUUAUUCGUGAUGAUUACGACGAUGUUUCCAGUGUUAGCAGUACAGACAGUAGUCCCCAGUCUACCCCAUUUAAAAAGUAUUUCAAUGUCAAGAUACCUCUCAGUGCUGGAAAUGAGUUAUGUGAAGAGGACGAUAGUCAACCAACCUUUAAAUCUCUAUCAGCAUUUGAUUUGGAUUACGUUAAAAGUUUAUCUGACGACUCUCAUACUUUGGAUUUAUUCAAAAAGCUUCAUAUCUAUUUUAAUGGAGAAUAUUCAGAGAGAGAAAUAAUUCAUCAAAACAAUAUCUCUAGAGAAGAUUUGAAAAAGCUUGUAAAAACAUUCAACGAGAUCAUCCUUACCUAUACAAUUUAA